ACGCCAGUGAUUGCGCGCAACCUUCCGUUUUACGUAACACUUACUGUAGAGCUCCAUCAGCGACUAUGAUGCGUGAUGCUCUGCUUGGGCUGUUUCCACGUAAUGACGGAUGCUGAGCUGCGUCCCACCCCCUUGCCCCAUACGAAUGGUCCUUCAUGGUGCCAACAGACGGACAUUACACGGCCGAGGAAAACAACAAACAGCCUCCAUCACUAGGGUUGAGAUUUUUUUUACCAGUGUAGGUUGGUGUUAAUGUCUGAGUGCCGCCAUGGCAAACAGGGGACCAAGCUAUGGGCUCAGCCGUGAGGUCCAAGAGAAGAUUGAACAGAAGUAUGAUGCAGAGUUGGAGGCUCGGCUUGUGGGAUGGAUCGUGGCCCAGUGUGGUGACGACCUGGAGCGACCUGAACCUGGCAAACAGAACUUCCAGAAAUGGCUUAUGAGUGGAACAAUUCUCUGCCGGCUCAUCAACAGUCUGUACCCCAGUGGUGAGGAACCAAUUAAGAAAAUUACAGAAACUAGUAUGGUCUUUAAGCAAAUGGAAAAGAUUUCUCAGUUCCUGCAGGCUGCUGAAGAUUAUGGUGUCACCAGAGGAGACAUAUUCCAAACUGUUGAUCUUUGGGAAGGAAAGGACAUGGCUGCAGUCCAGAGGACACUGAUGGCUUUGGGAAGUGAAGCUCUGACAAGGGAUGAUGGACAUUACCGUGGAGACAAAGAUUGGUUUCAUAGGAAAGCCAAGGUCCACAAGCGGGAGUUUUCUGAGGAGCAGCUGCGUCAAGGUCGCAGUCUUAUCGGCAUGCAAAUGGGAACCAAUCGUGGAGCCUCUCAAUCUGGCAUGGUAGGGUAUGGCACCCCACGGCAAAUCAUGCGGUAUGACUCUCCUCGACACAAUGGACAUGAGAGCAAUCCCUAAACACCAUACAGUUUGGUAUUUAAAAUCUGUACUGGAGCCGAAAGCCAAUUCUAGAGCUCCAGUUGUAGGAGGAAUGUGUACGUGUGUGUAUGUAUAUAGAUAAACUGUGGACCUGUUACUGCUUACUCCAGUCCUUGAAUUACACAUAUUAGAAUGUUGUCCUUUCAUCCACAAUCCAGCAGUGCCGGCUGUUAUUGACUCUCAGGCAAGCUUCAGAUCAAGGCCAAAAUGUGCAAAAUAAACAAUUUAAAUUAAAUAUUGUAUCUAAAAGCUCAACUCAUAAAGUCUCUUGAAAUGCGCAUCUCUGUAAACAUGUAGCUCUUUAAGAAUCAUAAGCUGACAAUCUGGUACUUGAAUGUCUAGCGUUCAUUUAUGAUUAUGCAUUUAGCUCAUUAUUUUACCCGAAGCAACAUAAAAGUCCAUUUAAGGAAUUGUGUCCUAUGAAAUUAAACCAACAAUAUCGGUGUUGCAAGCCCAUACUCUACCAAUUGGGCUAAAUGAGUUGCGCAUGCAAUAGGAAAAUUCUGAAGAAAAGUCUAUUUUUACUUAAAGCCAUAUGUAACUAAUCAGUAUGUCAAGAUAUAUGAAAUAAAGUGCUUAAAAUAUAAAUGUAUUGGAUUAAAGUGAUACUGUGCUCAGUUGCUACCAAAUGUAUAUUAUUAUUGAUGUAUACUAACUAUAAAGGUUCAUGUUCCUGCUAGCAGAAUGCGCCAAACUAAUCGACUCAUUAAUCGAGUCAUACUAUGUCUUCAGAAAAUGUCAUUGUUGUGCAGAAAUUUCUGAUGUUGCUGCAAUGAAAUGAUGCUAUACAUUCCAGUGAUAUGAGAAAAGAACCGUGUGCUUAAGAGUCUGACUCAAGUAACACUAAUACAAAAGAAUGUGCUAUUUAUUAAAAGUCAUUUUAAAUGCAGCUAUUUUCAACUUUUGUUAAUUUUAUGCAUUAACUAACAUGCAUGUAAAGUAAACGUGGUUCUUAUGCUAAGACUGUAUUGCAGAUUAUUAUAUUUAUUUAUUGUGAAGUAUCACUUUUGUAUCUAUACAUAGUACCUUUGACAAUCAAAAUACCAAUUGUCAUGACUUAAAUGUUUGGCUGUUUAGUUCCGUGUUUCUUGUUUUUAUUUUUGUGGUUUGAUUUUAAAUCCAUUUAUUAUUAGAAAAAUCUAAUUAACCAUCUUUUUUUCUUUCCUAUUUACUAAAUGGUUUAGUUUAGUUUUAAUUUCUUGGAAUGUAGAUACAUUUGUUGUUGUUUUUUUAUUCAACAUUGUUUGACUACUGUAAAACAGAGGACUAGAUAUUAGUCUCAGUUUUUAAUUGUGUGCACAAAUGUCUAUUAUUUCGAUAACUGUUGCAAAUAUAUCUUACUAUUCACUGGUAGUUGUUUAUGUGUUUGUGAAAGGUAAACUCUUCACCAGACCAUUUUUUGUGUGCAUUGAUAUAUUUACACAAAAGUGAACAACUGUAUUCAAAAAUGUGCCUCUACUUGUACAAAUCAUUGCACGUUCAUUUAAUUCUGACCUUCACAGACACAAGCUGCAAGGUAUAGUGUAUUGGUUUGUGGUAAGACACAUUUGAACUGAUGGAAAAUUGUACACUCAUUCAUAUAGCUUGCAUACAGGUGACAGUAAACAAACAUGAGUUUAUUUCAAGAGCAUAGUGUAACAUUCUCCUUUAGCUGAUAUACAUGUUCAUUCUGCUUACAGUUAAACAUCCAAACUAUCACAAUGGCUACACAAUUUUGUCCACAAAAUCUGCCUCACACACACACACUCACUCACUCUUGUAAAAUGGUGAAAAAACAUUUGAACAGAAAGAAUAUGGAAACUAACUGGAAUGAAAACAAAUAAAAAACAAUGGCUCAAAA